AUGGAGUCUAUGUCAAACACUAAGGUCCAUGAUGAGGAAGCACUACGCUUGGCUGUAAUUUCAAUUGAGGACUUUGAGCAAGUUGGGUUGGACUUAUCAUGGCUGAAGCACAGGCUGGACGAAGCAAAGAGGGUGAACAAACACACGGAAUCACUUGCCUUUGUUGAUUUGUGUGAAAGCACUCUCAAAGUGGCUCGAGCAAAGGUUCGUGAACUCGAAGAAUCGCUUGCCAAGGCUAAGGCAGAAGUGGAGUUUUGGUCCAGGGACUUGCCCAAAUCACUUGGAGUUGAUGAUUCUGUGGUGGAUUUGGUUAGAAGAGAAGUGCCCCUUGCCCUGACACCUGAAGACAACCCCAUGAGGGAUGAGCAAAAGAAGCUUCAAGAGAAGAAGGAAGAAAUCAACAUGCUAGCACAUAAGCAGGUCCGGCGCAUCCUCUGGUUAGGGCUAGGGUUGGCUAUCAUGCAGGUUGGGCUUUUCUUUCGUCUUACAUUCUGGGAAUUCUCACGGGAUGUUAUGGAACUAAUUGCAUUUUUCACCACCACUACUGGCUUAGUUAUAGGUUAUGCCCACUUCCUGUUUACUUCGAGAUACCCAACUUACUAA